GCGAAAUCCACUUCCUAGAUACGUUUUCGUUUGGCUUCCCUUUCAGUCAGUUGUGCUUUCUAAAACAACAACAAUAACCGCCAGGAAGAUAUUUGCACGGUCGUGGCUGAGGGCAACAAAGCAAGACGUGAGAACAGCGCUGUACACCUCCGAUGAAAAAGGAGAGACUGGAGACCCAGAAUGGAGGAUUUCAGGCGGGCGUACCUGCGUCUGUGUAAGGAGGGAGGAGUGGAGCCUCAGGAGAGCAUUGUGGCUCAGCUCCAUGAGAGCAGGGUGUCUACACAGGCAUGCAGGCUGGACCUGAGCGGACAGAGUCUCUCUGUAGAAACCUGCUCCGUGCUCGCCAGGGUGCUACACAACGAUACCGAGUUCACAGAGGUGUCCUUCAGUGACUGCAUGCUCAGCGAGGAGGGUGCCAAAGUUCUUCUGUCUGGACUGUUUGCUAACACAGCUGUAAAAGUUCUGGAUUUGAAGGGAAACAACCUGAGAUCACAAGGGGCCGAGGUGCUGGGGAAACUUCUGGCACGGAACAAGACUCUGCGUAGGCUGGUACUGGAGUGGAACGCUCUGGGGGUGUGGGAUGAAGCCUUCUCCAUCUUCUGUGAGGGUUUGGGCUCCAACAGCGGGCUGACACAUCUGGACCUGCGCAACAAUCAGAUCAACCAUCAGGGAGCCUCCGAGCUGGCUCUGGCACUCAAACGCAACAACACAGUGGAAGUGCUAGAUCUGAGGUGGAACAACAUCGGUCUGCUGGGGGGCAGGUCUCUGCUGGAGGCUCUGCAGAAGAACAAGAGCGUCAGGCAGCUGGAGACGGCGGGGAACAACAUUCCUGGUGACACGUUUAGAGCACUCGAGCAGUCCUCAGGGCACAACUCAGACCGACAGUCCACCCUGAGAGAGAGCCGCAGCAGGACCCAGGUCCUCAAUAAGGAGAUCCACAAACUAAAGGAAGAGAAGGGCCGACAGUUCUUAAACCUGAUGGAAACCAUAGACAGGCAGAGGGAGGAGAUGGGACACUCCAACAGGUCCACCUCCAUUCAGAUCGGCCAACUCCAGGAAGCUCUGAAUGAGAGGAAGUCAGCUGUCAACUCUCUCACUGCCAAGCUGCAGAUGACAGAGGCCGCCCUCGCCCUCUCUGAGCAGAAAAACCACAACAUGGGAGAGCUGCUGACACGAGUGAAGGAUGAGAAAGAACAGGAGAGGGAACGACAGAGCAGAGAGAGGAAGAAAGCGCAAGAGGAUAGUGUACUCAGAGAGGGCAAACUCCUGAGAGAGACCCAAAACAUGACGGAAACCAACAUCCAGCUCAGGAACAAAGUGGAGGAGCUGGAGCGCAGGUGUAAGUCUCAGCAGCAGCAGAUCUUUGAGGUGAAGCAGGAGCUGACCAACAGCACAGCAGAGCUCAAGCUGCGACUAGCACAGACAGAAGACCGUCUUGAAAUAGAGAAGCGACGGUCCAAGCAGGCUCUGGAGGACAUGGACGGUCUCCGCCAAAAGGAGGUGGAGCAGGUGAAUCGUCAUCUCGAGGAGAGCGAGAGAGCGCUGCAGGAACGCAUCUUCAAACUGGAGGGACAGCGGAUACAGUUGGAGGAGGAACUGAGUAAAGCUAAAGCAGCAUGUGUGACUGAGCGGGCCCAGGCAGAGGAGGAACUGGGGCGGGUGCGAUCUCAAGUGCGCCUGGAGGAGCAGGAGCAUGUGUCAUCAGUGGAGGAGAAGCUUCGCUCGGUGCGCUCCUCUCUGCAGGAGGUGCAGCUGCACUGCUCCCAGCAGAAACAGACCAUCAGUGAGCUGCAGGCCAAGAACAGCCAGCAGAGCAUCGAGAUGGACGGACUGAGGCGCAGGAUUGAGGAGCUCCAGCAGGAGCUGGCGGGUAAGGACCAGGAGAGGGUGGCUGAGGUGAGCCGGGUGAGGGUGGAGCUGCAGGAGCAGAUUGGACGUUUACAGUCAGAGAGGACUGCACAGGGAGGACUCAAAGAGAAGAUCAGUGCUCUGGAGAGAGAGAUUAAAGUACUCAGCAGUAACCACAGAGAGGCGCUCCUGGACAAAGAGAGCGAGAUGUCUUCCAUGCUGGAGAAGCUGCGGCUUAGAGACGCAGAGAUCCAGAGGAUGAGGGAGGACGAGGCCAACAGAGCCAGCUACCUGCAGAGCGCCAUCCUCACCUACGUUCAGGGCUCACCUCUAGGACACUUCAGCAGCCCAAAGAAAUGAGCAGAGACCCGGACUCCUCAGCUGCUACCUCGGAGCCCUCGCCAUGUUUCUGCACAGGUCAGGACAGUCCAGCGGAGAUUAAAUAUCGAGAUGAUCUGGACUUUAAAAGAAGAAAAGAGUGAAAACCAGGAGUGAAGAAACAAUAUGGGGGAGAUAUUUGGUGCUUGUCCACAUGGCUGUCAUUAAACUAAACGCAACGUGCUGAGAGAGGCGGGAAAUGAAGGGUUGGAAAGUCUGAAAUUGUGAAAACAUGUCCCACUUUUAUAGUUCUAAUGCAUACUAUUAGUUCAUAAGAAGAAGUAUACUUGACUGGAUUUCAAUCAUUUUUCUCAGUAAGAAUAACUGUGUGUAAGACAGCUCAAAUCAAUCAUUCUGUUUUUCAGCUCGAGUAAUAUUUCCAUGACACGCUGUCAGAAAUAGCAAUAAUACUUUAAAGAUAUGCCAGGUGUGAACAGGAGAAUAGUUUGACCAACAUCUUUAAACGGCUUUUAUCUUCAGGUGAAAGACAGAGUGAGUACAUUUGAACUACUAUUACUGCUCUAUUACUGUCGAGGCUGAAGAAGGGAAGUUUGGAUUGUCUCUUUACUGUCAAAAAUGAGUCUUUGCUUCCAAAUAAGUUUGGACAACCUGAGGGCAGACCCC